AGUGAACGACAGCAUCGUUUUCGUUAAUGAUGUGGACGUUCGUGAGGUCACUCACUCCAUCGCCGUGGAAGCGCUGAAGGAGGCGGGGCCUGUGGUCCGGCUGUACGUGCUGAGGCGACGCCCACCAAGUGAACGUGUCACACAGAUCAAACUCAUGAAGGGACCUAAAGGUCUGGGCUUUAGUAUAGCCGGCGGUGUUGGAAACCAACAUGUUCCUGGAGACAACAGUAUCUAUGUCACCAAGAUCAUCGAGGGUGGAGCAGCGCACCGCGAUGGACGGCUGCAGAUCGGCGACAAAAUUCUGGCGGUCAACCAUGUCUCUCUGGAGGACAUCCUGCAUGAAGACGCUGUGUCGGCCCUGAAGAACACCGGGGAGGUGGUCUACCUGAAAGUGGCCACGCCCACCUCGCAGUACAUCCACUCGGUUGACCGAUACAGCCCCCCCGACCUGACCAGCUGUCGAGAAGGAUUCGUUCACAGUUACGAGCUCGUCACUCAGAUCGAAGUGGACUACGCUCGUCCCGUCAUCAUUCUGGGUCCGACCAAAGACCGAGUCAACGACGACCUGCUCUCGGAGUUUCCGGACAAGUUCGGCUCCUGCGUGCCUCACACGACUCGCCCUCGCAGGGACUACGAGGUCGAUGGGCGGGACUACCACUUUGUGGCGUCACGCGAGCAGAUGGAGCGGGACAUCCAGUCGCAUCGCUUCAUCGAGGCGGGCCAGUACAACAACCACCUGUACGGGACGUCAGUGCAGAGCGUCCGGCAGGUGGCCGAGCAGGGGAAACACUGCAUCCUGGAUGUGUCGGCCAACGCUGUGAGGAGGCUGCAGGCGGCGCUGCUCCACCCAGUCGCCAUCUUCAUCCGACCUCGAUCUCUGGAGAACAUCCUGGACCUGAACAAGCGUCUGUCGGAGGAUCAGGCGAGGAAAGCUCUGGAUCGAGCCAUCAAACUGGAGCAGGACUUCCUGGAGUGUUUCACAGCCAUCGUGCACGGCGACAGCUUCGAGGAGGUUUACCACCAGGUCAAAGGCGUCAUCGAGGAGCAGAGCGGCCCCUACAUCUGGGUCCCCGCCCGUGACAGACUCUGAUUGGCCACUGCCAGCCAUGGACGCCGUCUCCACGGGAACCGCCAUCACCCCCUC